AGUGAUAUUAAAGAAAAAGAUUUUGAUUCCAAAAAUUUAUAUUUUCCAAAAUUUUUUAAACAAUGAAAUUUAGUUAUCCCGUGAAAUGAGUAAUAAAGUUGUCUUGAGCUAUAAUGAAAGUUUAUUAAGAUCAUCUGACAUAGAAUUGCUGAAAGGUCCGAAUUGGCUAAAUGACACAGUAAUAUCUUUUUAUUUUGAAUAUCUAGAAAAUGACUUGUUCAAAGGCCUGAAUUAUUUAUUAUUUGUCACUCCAGAAGUGACCCAAUGUAUAAAAGUAUCUCCUCAAAAUGAAUUAAAUAUUUUCUUAGGGCCAUUGGUAAAUUCCAUAAUGAGAGAAUUUAUUUUCUUUGCUCUAAAUGACAAUCAGUUAGUUGACUCGUCUGGAGGUUCUCACUGGAGCCUUCUAGUGUUUUCAAGACCAGAAAAAAUGGUAUACCAUUAUGAUUCAUCACAAGGAAGCAAUGAUGACCAAGCUGUGGAACUUGGGGAAAAAAUUUUAAAAUAUUUUUCAUUUCCUGUUCAAGGAAAAGUACAAAAUAUGCCUUGUCUUCAACAAACAAAUGGAUAUGAUUGUGGUGUUCAUGUGCUUUGCAAUGCUGAACAGUUAGCAAGUUAUGCUUCUCAUUAUGGAAGGGUAACAGGUUGUCCCAAAUUAACACCGGAAACAGUAAUUGCAAAAAGAUGGGAAAUUUUAGAUAUUAUUGAAAGAUUAACAGGGACAGGUUAUGUAAACUGAUGUUUAUUAAACUUUUUAUUCAAUUUUAAUAAUUUUUUUAUGUAGUAUUAGUCCACAUCAUAAUUUAAUAUAAAUGCUUUUGUACAAAAGUGUAUAUAAUAAAUUUAAUAUUCAUUCCACUAGGACAGUAUUUUUAGAUACUUAAUUUUUUGUCUUCACAUAAUUGUAAUAUUUAACAUGAAUUUUGAAUUCAGAGUUUACAGAAAGUCUAGAAGAACUUAUUCAUAAUAAAUAUUCGCUAAACAGGUGAGGAAAACUGAAACAAAUAAUAAUUUUUUUUCUAGAGUAAUUAGUCAUAAUCUCUUCAGCUUUUUAAAUUUUUCCAGAAAAAAAAAUAGACCAGAAGAGAUUGUACUGGUGAUUAUCUAUGUUUUUCUGUUUUCUGCCUUUUGGAGUAGUGAAAGGGUGUUCCAUUGACAUUUUCUUUGGAAAAUGAGAUUUUCUUUGCAACAAAAUAGGUUCUGCAUGAUUUUCUGAUUCUUGACAUCUUCAUUGAACAAUAGUUUAUCAUCGAUUUUUUUAGCAGUAGUGUUCUAAGAACUGAAAUGUUUAAAAGAAAAUCAUGAAUUUUCCGUGCUUUUCUGUUUUCUGCUAACAAUAUCAAUCAAACAUAUUUGGUUCAAAUUGAUCAGAAAAAAUGUUGGCUAGACGUCUCCUGGGCUAUAACUGUUACUGAGCCUCUAAAAAUUUUCACACUCAGUCUGUGUUUUUCUGAGACAUGAAAUAAAUGUUAAUAUAAAGGUAAUAAUGCAAAUAGACAACUCAAAAGGACAGAAUUGUUACGUUGACCAUUUAUACUGUUAAAAAAUGUGUAAGAAAGUUCGUAGAAAUAUAUUUUGUUUAUAAAAGUCAGUCAGAUUCAAUAGAAAUGUAUGCUAUUGUAUUUAUGUUCAAAAACCUUUAAACUUUGAGAAGAUCAUUAUGGAAAUAUAAGAUAUAUCAAAAUUUCAUUAAUUUAAAGUAACAUGAACAAAAUAUAUGAAUAUAUACAAAAUAAUUUUUCAUUAUCCUCCUCCUUGGAUAAUUCACUUUAAUCUGAUAUUUCUUCAUUGAUUUCUCUCCUAUCACUCAUUAUCUUCAUUAAUAUCUUUCAUCAUCAAAGCUUGAAAAUAAAAAAAUUCAUAUUAUUGACAUAUAACAAACAAAAUUAUAUCAAAUAUUAAUAAAAACAUGUUUUUAGGGAUAAAAAUGUACUCACAUGAA